AUGGCUCAGGACAGGUACGCCGGGUAUCCCCGGUUUCCGGGACGAAGAAGCGUGGUACAUUCAGCUAAUGGAAUGGUUGCCUGCACCCAGCCCUUGGCGGCAGAAGCUGGCCAGAGGAUCUUGAAAAUGGGAGGCAAUGCUGCGGAUGCCGCCAUUGCAGUGGCCGCUGCCAUGAACGUGACCGAGCCUGCAUCGACUGGACUGGGUGGCGAUAUGUUUUGUCUCUACUUUGACGCUGCCACGGCCAAGGUCUCAGCCCUCAACGGCUCUGGUCGAAGUGCAAAGAACAGCAGCCUCGCCCGGGUUAAAAACGAACUGGGUCUAACAGCGGAGAGCAGAGGAAAGAUCCCUAUAAACAGUCCUCUGGCUGUAACGGUCCCUGGUGCGGCAGCAGGAUGGGUAGACGCAUUCGAGAGAUUUGGCAGCGGCAAGUUGACGCUCGCACAAGUUUUAGACCCCGCCAUCGAGCUCGCAGACGAUGGAUUCCCUGUCAGUGAGAUUUCGGCACAUAUGUGGAAAACAAACGAAAGUGAUUUGAAGAAGGCCUCCGACAACUACAUGGGUAUAUUGAAGCAAGAUGAGAGUGCCGAUGGUCAGGCCCGAGCGCCUCGAGCUGGCGAAAUCUUUCGCAAUCCCGACUUGGCCAAGACACUGAGGACUCUUGCAUCGGAGGGCAAGGAGGGCUUCUACAAAGGUUGGAUUGCCAAAGCCAUUGUCGACACUCUCAAGGACAAAGGAAGCCACCUGGAACUUUCUGACCUGGAAGACCACACUGCUCACGGCACCGAAGCCCCCGAGGCCAUCUCCCUCAAAUUUGGUGGCUUUGGGGUUGGGUCCGACAAAGACAAGUGCGUUGAACUGUGGGAACAUCCUCCCAAUGGCCAAGGCAUUGUCGCACUCAUGGCGUUGGGCAUUCUAGAGCAACUGGAGCGAGCCGGCAAGAUCCCAACUUUUGGGCUAGACGAUCAUAACACGUCUACAUACCUUCACGCUGUCAUUGAAGCCCUCAGAAUCGCCUUUGCUGACGCUGUCUGGUGGGUGACCGAUCCAGAAACCAGCCCCAUCUCGCCAGCUCAAAUGAUCUCUCCAGAGUAUCUCGCGACACGGGCGAAGCUAUUCAACAGCGACAAGGCAGGCGUAUUUUCUGAAAGCCAGUUUGGACCCAGCCCUGCUCAGAACCACAGCGAUACCGUCUACUUUGCGGUGACAGAUCGCGAUGGCAACGCCAUGAGCUUCAUCAAUUCUGUUUUUCGCGAGUUUGGCUCAGGUAUUGUGCCGACAGGAUGUGGCUUCACCCUACAGAACCGCGGAGGUGGCUUCGAUCUUGGGCCGGAGGACCACCCCAACAUUUACGCUGGGGGAAAGCGUCCCUAUCACACCAUCAUUCCGGGUCUCGUGACACACGGCGACGGCGCAGCUCGCCAGCUGGGAUAUGUGUAUGGUGUGAUGGGAGGUCUGAUGCAACCCCAGGGCCACGUUCAAGUUCUCUUGAACACUGAGGUAUUCAAGAUGAACCCGCAGCAAGCCAUCGAUGCCCCCAGGAUAUGCAUCGCUGCCGCAGUGAAAGACCAGCCGACGGUCAUUUUUGUGGAAGAUGGGAUUAGCGAGGGUGUCGUGGAGGAACUCCGGGCCAAAGGCCAUGAUAUCAAGGUAAUGAAGGAGUGGGCACGGGUCUGGUUUGGGCGAGGCCAGAUCAUCAAGCAAUCCAUUGAUAAAGAUUCUGGCAAGCGUGUGUAUCACGCUGGAAGUGAUGGGAGAGGUGAUGGUUUGGCAAUGCCAGUGUAA